AUGCCACCACCCUCUACAACCUCAGAACAUCGCACAGAUCCUGGUUGUUUGAGAGGCCCAUUGUUCUUCCAGCGUCUCGGUAACCUCGACCUUUUCAACAACCUGCUCUUCAACCGCGAGAGAGUAUAUCAGAGUCUCAGAAGAUUUUCGCCUAUACGGACGAAUGCUGUCAGUGAGGAAGAGCUAGUGCGUCGUCAGAGCGUCGAAAGUGAAGAUCACGUCAUCCAGUCCAUUGAACCUAAAGAAGAAGGCGAUCCUGCCCAAGAUGACCUGAUGUUGUCAUACCUGAAGAGUACCAAUAUGGCAGUGAGUAAACCGAGGGGAAGGCUGCCGAAGAAGGCUCCAGCUAAGGCGAAACCGAAGGGAAAGUUGGGUAUCGCUACAACCAAAAAGCGCAGCCCACCUGUGACUAGCAAGGCCGAACGUGCAUCGAAGAUCCAGAAGACCGUACCAAUAGCGAACAGCGGAAAGAGAGUGAACAGUAGAGGCGCAAGUGUCACCGAUGCAUAUAUCAUCUCAGACGAUGAUGACGACUUUGACCAGCCACCGCAAAAGAGCAGAACCGACAGCCUGACACCACCGCGUCAGACGCCAAAGAUCAACUCCCCGGGCAGCGAAGACGAUCUGAACCCAAUAGCAACACCCACACCAACAUCAACACAUAGCAACAACGUCGAAAACGAGCUGGUGCGCAUGAAGGUAGCACAUCUGAAAGAGCUAGAACAGCUUCGCCAACAGCUGAAUGCCUCUGAAGCGACGUUGAAGCAGAUCAAGGAAGAAGCUGAGCGAGAGCCUAUCGAGCUCCAAAGGCGGCAAAGUGUCACCAGCGACAAACAGAUGGCCGAACUCGAAGAAGACCUCGAAGCCGAAAGACGCAGGUCAAGUGCUCUUAGCAGGGAGUGCGAUCACCUACGUAAGGAGAUGGAGGCAGCCCGCAGCUGUCUGAAAGGAGAGGCAGAUCUAAUUCAACAGCGCGAUGAAUACGAACGGCUUCACAAGGAAGAGCAGGAUACAAAUGCCGACCUCAUGCGCGACUUAGUCGAGAAAGAUGAGGAGUCGACGCGCAAAGCAACUGAAAUGGUGAAAGAGAUGCAGCAACUAGCCAAACAAAUCGAGGAGCUUCAACGUGAAGCCACCCAACUGGUAAACGAAAACGCAGCUUUGAGGGAAUCCUCGUCGUCACAGGAUAACAAAGGUCGCUCAAGUGCCUCGCCCGCACCUUCGCAGUCGUCGUCAGCAUCCGACCAGGAGCAGAGGCUAGCGAACAUCCGCAAAACAUACAUCACCGUCAAGAAGCGAUACGACAACCUCCACUCAGUGGCUACGAACAUUUCCACCGCGACUCGAUCCUGGGACUAUGGCAGCUUUGGUGAGUUUGGACAGUAUCUCAGGCAGUUGAAGACUGCGUUGGAUGAGAAUGGACCUGAGGGUCAGGGAGCGGGAGCUGACAGUCAAGAGGCAGAGGUGGACUAGCUGAUGGCUGACUUGAUGGAACUUGCUUUUGGGAUGUGGCGUUCGCGUUUACCUACCACUCGGACAUGUACGCGUACUCCGAAUUUCUCAGAUAGGGACACAUUAGCAAGGCUAACUGUAUUUCUAAUCGUUGAGAUGUC